AGUGGGCAAGAUGAAGGAUCUGACAGACGCCUCCAGCAAAGCUUGGAAAAUGAUUCAAUUGACGCCAAAUAUGGUUUCAUCCGCUACAAGGAUACUCAGGAAAUUGUUGGAUGGCUCCUCAACAUGCACCCUACAGAAAUCCUUGAUGCAGAUAAGAGGCUUGUGAGUGCUGUUGACUAUACUUUAUCCAAGAGGAUGGCUCCAGGUUUAAGGUAUCUCAACCAUAUCGUCCUUAUUUCUAUGUAAUGACAAAGAAGGAAGUUAUACAAGAUGUGACUACAUUUUUAAGUAAGAAGUUCUCUGGUCUGUUAGCCAGUGUUGAAGUUGUGAAGAAAGAAGAUCUAGAUUUGGAUAACCAUCUUACUGGCUUAAAGCAAACUUUACUGAAGUUGUCCUUCAUGACAGUUAAUGACCUAGUUAAGGUGCGGCAGACAAUUCAAGCAGCUGUUAAAAGGAACAAGGAAGCUGCCAAGUCAAAGACUGUUUACUCAGAGAUGCUGUCAGCUCAGUUUGCUGGAGAAACAAGCGAUACUAGUAAACGAAUGCAAGACCACCUUGAGAACCUACUUGACAUGAGAGAAUAUGAUGUGCCUUACCAUGUUCGAGUGUCCAUCGACUGUAAAAUUUUUGUUGGCCUAUGGUACUCAGUUCGAGGUGGAGGAUCAGGACCCCCCAUCAUUAGCCGUCGGGAGGACCUACUGGUUUGGCCAGAUUGUAUUGUCUUGGCUUAUGAUAUUGAAACUACCAAAUUGCCCCUCAAGUUUCCUGAUGCAAAUACUGACCAAAUUAUGAUGAUAUCAUACAUGAUAGAUGGCCAGGGAUAUCUCAUAACCAACCGAGAAAUUGUUAGUCAAGAUGUCGAAGACUUUGAAUACACUCCUCGACCAGAGUUUGAGGGACCCUUCAUAAUUUUUAAUGAGCUUAAUGAAAUGGCUCUUAUUCAAAGGUUCUUUGAUCACAUUCUAGAGGUGUUACGAAAGGGAUCUGGCACGUUGUGCGAGGCUCUGUUGAUGGUGGAAGCUUAUCAUGCCAACAUUGUGUAUCCAAAUAAACAAGUGUCUCAGCUUAACAAGCUUACUUCUGAUGGUCGUGUCUUAGAUCAAGAGACCUAUGUUGGAGGUCAUGUGGAAGCCAUUGAGUCAGGAGUGUUCCGUGCAGACAUUCCUUGUAGAUUCAGGAUGGUUCCUGAGGCCUUCCAAAAGUUAUUGGACAAUGUUGACCGCACCAUUAAAUUUUGUAUAGAAGUUGAAGAAGGCAUUCCACUUGAACAAGUGACCAAUUAUUCUGAAGUGGUUGAUGACAUCAAGAAGAAAUUAGUGGAUCUACGUGAUACCCCUUGUCGAUUAGAAAAUCCCUUGAUAUACCAUCUUGAUGUUGGAGCCAUGUACCCUAAUAUCAUUCUCACCAAUCGACUUCAGCCAUCUGCAAUGCUUGAGUAA